GAGACAGUGAUAGUUGUGGUACUAGUUGACUGGUGGCGGUCAUGAGGCUCAGGUUUGAAUCUGUAGUGUUAGUUGACGCUCAGCCAUGACUGAGUGAGGUGCUGCUCCUCGCUCCUCUCUACUCUACUCCAGGACCUGUUUUUUUUUUAAGGUUGUAACAUUUUGAAUAACUGAUCACGUCAUGAAGGCUUCCGGCCAUAUUGUUGUUAUUACGCGCUCAGGGGAGGAUGGUACUCCUUUCCCACUUACUGAUACAGGUUGCACCAUUGGCCGCAAUCACGACUGUGAUAUAAGGAUUCACUUAACAAGUGUAUCACGGCUUCACUGUAAGAUUGAUGUGGACCCUAGUGGAAAGGCAUACUUGACAAAUCUUUCACAAGUAAACCCAACUCUUUUAAAUGGUUCUCCCAUGGCCACACAAGAAAUUAAUAUUUUGGAACACAAAGAUAUCAUCACUGUACAUGAGCGAGAGUUUCGAUGGGAAUACCCUGAAGAUUCAAGUCUCGUUCAUUCCCAAGUAAAAGACCACUUGACAGGUUACAAGAUACUGUCACCCACUACUAAAUCUCCAAUAAGUCGUCAUAAUCUAAGUGGUGAGUGUACAGGAUUGAAACGCAGAAGCUGUGAGGAAGAUUUUCAAGAGUGUUCAGAUGCAAAAAGGAAGAAAGUUUCUUUUGGCCCACAUCUUCAUCCAGAGCAUUUUGAUAAACUAUUACCUCCUGACACGCCAGUCAGUAAAGGGGAGAAACCCAACACACGGAUCUUGUUGGAUACCUCGGAUAGUUCUCGGACAGUUGCACGCAAAUCCAAACGCGUAUCUGUUCCUCCGCUUAAUAUCUCAAGUGCGGAAGAAUGUGGCAUGGAUACUCCAACAAAAUCUUUAUUACGAAGGCGUAGCCCCACACCAGUGAAACCAUAUAUAGCUCGUAGUCUUGGCCUUCUCGUUUCAAAGGCAAUGAAUGAUGAGUCCUCAAAUUUGCCAGACUCCAAGGAUGAUUCUCCAAAGCAAAAAGUAAGUCCAAAUCCAAAAAUGUUAAAAAGUCCAGCCAUUGAUUCUAGACCAGGCAUUCAUACUUCACCUAAAAGGUCAACUGAAAAAUCAAGUAGUACAAGCCCUAAGUUAACAUCACCUAAAGUUCAUCAGACUAGUGUGAAUUCAACUCGGAACUCUUUAACAUCCACGGCAAAGGUAAUAAGUCAUGAUUUAUCUCCAAAGACACUGAAAAUGUCCAGUGAGCAGUCUUCUGAGUGUGAAAUAAUAUACAAACUUGAAAAUCUUACAACUCCCAAAGGAUCCAUGAGAAAUUCACUUAGAAAAUUGGGUGCAUUCAGUAGUCCCAGGAGGGUAACAUCCGAGUCCCCUCGGGCCACCCCCAAGAGGUCCGAGUCUCCCCGGGCCACCCCCAAGAGGUCCGAGUCCCCCCGGGCCACCCCCAAGAGGUCCGAGUCCCCCCGGGCCACCCCCAAGAGGUCCGAGUCCCCCCGGGCCACCCCCAAGAGGUCCGAGUCCCCCCGGGCCACCCCCAAGAGGUCCGAGUCCCCCCGGGGCCACCCCCAAGGGGACUCAUCCCCUAGGGCCACCCCCAAGGGGACAUCAUCCCCUAGGGCCACCCCCAAGGGGACAUCAUCCCCUAGGGCCACCCCCAAGGGGACAUCAUCCCCUAGGGCCACCCCCAAGGGGACAUCAUCCCCUAGGGCCACCCCCAAGGGGACAUCAUCCCCUAGGGCCACCCCCAAGGGGACAUCAUCCCCCAGGGCAACUCCUAGAAAGGCACAGUCUUAUGAUGCUAAGAAAUAUUCAUCCCCUAAAGCUUCCCAUGAAGAACUAGAUUCUUCUAAAAGUCCCCCUAGAAAAAAUAAAUCUCCUAUUUGUAAAAAAGUCGUAUCAUCCAAAGCUGCUGAUCUGAAAUUAGUAUCACCUAGAACUCCUCCCAGUAGGGUAGCAUCUAAAAUUACUCCUAAGAAAGCGUUGCCCAUGGUAGCCCAGGAAAAAAAUUUUAAUGGUUCUCCCAAGAAUAUGGCAUUGCCAAAGUCGCCUUCAUACCCUAUAACGAAACAUACAUCUUCAGAGGACGUUUUGCCCAGUUUGUCUCCCAAGAAACAUGGGCUUGCCAGAAAAGUAGCAUCACCUGUGAUGUCUCUUAGAAAGAAAUCUUUUGCAUCCUCUCCCAAGAAGUUGGCAUCACCCCCAUCCUCUCCCAAGAAGUUGGCAUCACCCCCAUCCUCUCCCAAGAAGUUGGCAUCACCCCCAUCCUCUCCCAAGAAGUUGGCAUCACCCUCAUCCUCUCCCAAGAAGUUGGCAUCACCCCCAUCCUCUCCCAAGAAGUUGACAUCACCCUCAUCCUCUCCCAAGAAGUUGGCAUCACCCCCAUCCUCUCCCAAGAAGUUGGCAUCACCCUCAUCCUCUCCCAAGAAGGGCUCACCAUCUAGGAUAAUUCUACGGAGAUUCUUACAAAGAAGUGCACGGCGGAAGGUGACAUCCCUUAAGCAGAGUCCUACAGAAACUCGGGAAAGUUCUUUGCCCAAGUCUCCACGGGGUAAGAAGAGAAAGGCAAGCUUAACUCCACCACCUCGUAUAUCCAAAAAGCUUAAAGCAGGAGCUUCAGCAAAGUCAGCACAAAAGACCAAGACUCCUGCAAGGAAAACUCCAGCAAAGAUGGUAGGGAAGACACCAAAGAAAUCAUGGGCUGACAUUGUAAAAAGAGACCUUGUGUGUCGUGGUGUAUCAUCUAAAAUGCAACGAUUCAAGCACAUGAGCAAGGGUAGAGGUGUUCCUGCCAAGCGAGAGUCCACAGUGAAAUCAAAACACCCUGCAAAUGUGUUUUGUGAGGAGGUGCCAAAAAGUUUUGAGUUUGGGCAUUUGACUACUGGGCAUGCUAACUCCCCUGCUCCAAUAUUUAUUCACAAUAAAACGAGUAAAACUCCACGAAUAUAUCGAAAGGGUCGCAAAAGUCCAUUUAAUGCUGGCUUCACAAAAUCUCAAGGAAAUUAUGGUGAUUUGGAUGGGUUAGACAGGCUAAUGGCUACACCAAGAACAGGAAUGAGAGAGAUUGAGAUUUCUCCUAAUGAUAAAACAAACUCUUCUGAAAAACUUCAGAAUACCCCUCUAAGUAAAAAGUCAAAUUCAAAGCCAAGAUCUAGAACUCCUUCUCCAUUGAAAAUUAAUGGAUCAUCAACUGAAGAAUUUAUGGGAUCAUUGGGUGCUUCACCAGUUGUCUUCCCAACUACACCAUCUCAGCUAAAAAGUUUUCCUCGUUCUGUUGGUAAAAGACCUCAUUCACGAAUCAGUAUUUUGGCAUCCUGUACUAACAUGACCAAUUUUGAUUUUUCAUCUAUAAAAACACCAGAUAUUACAAAGGAUAAUUUCAUAUCUCCACUAGUGACUCCUUCUCCCUCUGCCUCCAGUAAAUUACCAGAGAAUUUGCACAGAGGUUCUAGCAAGUCAUUUAUGGUGUCUCCGGAAAAUAUACAGUUGGAAACUGAUGCUACUACAUUUGACUUUGAAAAUGCCCAAACACCUGAUUUUUCUACACCCAAUGUUUCUCAAGUUGAAUUUCCUUCUCCAGUAAGCACACAAUCUAACCAUUUAGCUUCUGAUGUUAAUAACGUCAGAAAUUCACUUAUGACAAAGUACAAUAAUGCUGUAGGGAGAAGAGCACUGUUGCUAACACCAAAAGCAAUUAGAUCAUUUACUCAAGGUUUGGAUAGUGAUUUGCAUGAAAUUAAGAGAUUGCCUCGUACUCUGAGAGCUGUAGCUUCUACACCCAAGCCUGAUUAUAAUGUUAAUGUUAUGACUAGCAUUAGAACAAAGGAUAUCAGUGAAAGAAGGAAAACAAGAACUCCAGAGAAUCCUAAUUCUGAUAAUACAUAUUCUGAUGUUGUAGUCCUUGAUUGUGUUAAUGACAAACAUACUCCUAAAAUAAGGAAAAGCCAAACACCCAGGUCAGUACUGGAUAGCCCAAGUGUGGGUUAUACAAAUGGUGAUAGUGGAAAACUAAUAAAAAAUAUGAAAAUAGCUGUUCCUGAAGCAAGUAAUGACACUUGUAAUACAGCAACAAAGGUUCCUGUGCCUGAUUACAGUAAUAUUCAAGGUCUACAGAGUCUUUUCAGGACACCAAGAAGAAACCCAGAAAAUGUGGAAAUUAAAGCUAACUAUUGUGAGCCGAGAGGUUUAAAGAAACUGCUUGCUACACCUAAACAAAAACAAUAUAGUCCAUUUGCAGAUUAUACAAAUGUUGCAGGUAUUAAAAAUCUUUUUGCUUCACAGAUCCCUGUGAAUUCUCCUGAAGCAAAUUAUACCAAUCUCUAUGGGAUCCAGACAUUGAUGAAAACUCCAAAUGCACUUGAUUCUCUUGAGAGAGAGAUUGAGGUAAUGGGUGAACUUGUAAAGACUCCCCUUUCGGAUCGCACCAAUAAGGUAGUUAGGAAAAUUGCACCUUUGUUGCAGCAUUCACCUACUCAAAGUUUAGGGAGAAUUCUCCGUAGCUCUCCAAAAGUUGUUAGCCCAGGCACAAGUUCGCCAUCUGAAAACAUACCACCAGUAGAAGAUGGUACGCCUCGUAGAUCUCGAAGAAACGCUAAAGUUGAGCUAGAGGCAGUUGCCAUGUCAGUCAGGCAGAGACGACCUCGCAGAGGAGCUGUUAAAAGUGAUGCGCAAAGCCAUGUUACAGAAUGUGAACUGGAGUCAAUUAAAUUGUCACCUGUUGUACCAGAGCGUAGUUUGAGGUCCAGGAAAAAAGUUGAUUCAACUGAUAAAAAUGCCAUGAAUAAAAAAAAAUCUAGAAAGGGUGAAAAGACAGCCAAAGUGGAAAUCCAGAACUCAGUCAUUAUGAAUAAAUAUCAGGAAAGUCCACAGAUUGUGGAAGUUGAUGUUGAAUUGUCAGAAGUAUCAGGUAAAGUAGAAAUUACUCAAAGACAACCUGCUUUCUCCCCAGAAAUUGACAAUCCUAGUCUAAAAUUGAAAUUGGAUACUCCAGUAAGUGUAGAGGAUUUAGUGUCAGAUACAUUACUGGUCAAAAGACGAAAUACCCAAAAAGCCGAAUUGAAUGUGCUCGUAGUCUCUCCAAGUAAAAGACGUAGGAAAAUAAAUAAUGCUGUUUUAGAAUCUGGCAAAGCAGUCCUGCCUGUAUUGCAAGAUUCUGAAACCUGUGUAUCAUUGGGAAAACAAGAACACAGUAAUGACUCUGAAUUAACACCAGAUUUGUCUGUACCAGCACGUGGGAAAAGAAGAAAAAAUCAGUCUCCUAACCAAGACGAAAAAAAACAGAUGACACCAGUAAGAAGAGGCCGUAGUAGAAAGGUAACUACUGCAGCAGGCAAUUCCAUUACAGAUGAGUCUAAUAAAAUAGAAACUCAAUCCAAACAUAUUGAGCUGAACAUAGAUCCAGUGUUAUGCAGGGAAAACCUUGAUCUUUCACCCUCCAGGAAAAGAAACAGAAAGACUAGGGCACAAUGUGUUAAAUCAAAUGAUAUACAAGAGGAGAGAGAAGUGUCCUCCCAAUCACAAGAUGCAGCAUCCACGAGAAGUAGAAGAGGCAAACUUAAAGAAAUAACAGAAAGUGAACAGCCUUUGACAAAAGGAAGACGGAAACUUGCUAAUAAAUUGGUCAGUGUGCCUGAUGCCAUUGAAAAUAUGCCAGACUUGUUAGUGGAACAAGAAGUGCGAAUAACUCGACGGGGGCGUACUCGUGUCCAGAACAGUGUAGAUGAAUCAGUGCCUGUGUUACAGGAAACAAAAAUGAAAAGAGGUGGUACCAGAUUAAAAAAUAAAAAGCUGGAAGCUACUGUUGAACCCUUGGAAGAGUCAGAAAAAGAGAUGGAUGAGAACUGCAGAGUUUUGGAGGAACCCAGUUUGGAUAAGACAUCAACUAAAGCCAAGAAGAAUGACAAGUCAAGAAAUACACGAAGCAAGAAGGAAGAAGAAUCCCUCCGAAAACGAAAAGCAGAUACAGCAAUAGAAGGGGUGGAAAUUACACGAGUUGUAAGGUCAAGACGCAACAAAGUGAAAGAAGAUUCUCCUAAAGUGGUAGAAACUACACCAGUCUUGCGGUCAAGGCGCAACAAUGCAAAAGAGGAUUCUCCGAAAGUGGUCACAAGACGAAAACGAGCUCGCAAGUAAGCUCUCCACAUGAGAGUACAGUGCUUGCUUGAAGUACCUGCAAUUUGUCUUAUUUGUAAUCUUUUAUAAAACUAUAUAUAUAUAUAAAUUUUUAAGUGUGAAUCUACUAAUUUUACUGAAAGCAAGCUUUGAAUGGGAAAGUUUAUUUUUUAGUUUACAAGAAUACCAUUUUGUACAAGAUAAUUUUUUGAUUGCCAUGCAAGAUCACCUGGUUUAGUUUAUCUUAAGAUUAAAAUGUUAAAAUAAUACUAGAAUGCAUGUAGACAUAUAUCAAACAUUAAAAAUGUUGUUUUAGAAA